CUCUCUCUCUCUCUACAUUUUCUCUCUCUCUACCAUUCUUCUCAUCUGAAACCAAAAAUGGGGAGGGACGACCUCUACAUCACGGUGCCGAGCUUCUUCCGGUGCCCGAUUUCACUCGACGUGAUGAAGUCCCCGGUGAGCCUCUGCACCGGAGUCACCUACGACCGCGCCAGCAUCCAACGCUGGCUCGACGACGGCAACAACACCUGCCCCGCCACCAUGCAAGUCCUCCCCUCCAAAGACUUCGUCCCCAAUCGCACACUCCACCGCCUUAUUCAGAUCUGGUCCGAUUCGGUACGGUCGCAACGGGACGGAAUUGAGAGUGACAGCAUCAGCAACUCGGCCGCGGCGAAGGACCAGGUGGUGGAGCUGAUCCAGCAGAUGGACCGGCACAGCUCCUCGUCUGUGGACUCGCUGGGGAAGAUUGUGCGGUUCGCGGAGAAGUCGGAGGAAAACCGGAAAUUUCUCGCCAAGAGCGACGGGUUUUUGGCGCUUCUAGUGGAGGCGCUCGGCGGCGGCAAUGCCGGCGACGGAGGCCACAACGUUCGCAUUCUGGAGCAAAUAGUGAGGAUUAUUCAUUUCCUGAUGGGAGAAAUCCAAGAGUGUGAGGAAUUGAUGAGACUGAUGUUGAAGAAGACCGGCGCCGGCGGUGGAGAUUGCUUGGGUUCUCUGCUGCUUGUUCUCCAGAAAGGAAGCGCUGAGUCGAGAUUUGCGUCGGCUAGGGUUCUUGAAUCGAUCGCCGGGAGUGCCGAGUCCAAGCUUCUGAUCGCCGAGCGGGACGGAGUGUUGCCGGAAUUGUUGAAAUUAACGAGUCCGGAAAAGGAUUCCUCACUAAUUGAAGCCGGAUUGUCUUGCCUGAUCGCGGUUUCGGUGCCGAAACGCGUGAAGGUGAAUCUAGUCCAACUCGGAGCCGUCAAGUCCUUGUCCAAAUUGUUGUCCGACUCCAACUCGACGACGGCGACCAUCGAGAAAGUCUUGAAGCUCCUUGAAACGGUGUCGUCGGUGAAAGAAGGGCGAGCUAAGAUCUGCGAGGCCGAGAAGGAGGAAGGAGGCUACUGCUGCGUGUCUGCGAUUGUGCAGAGACUACUGAAGGUGUCGAGCUCUGCGACGGAGCACGCGGUGACGAUUCUGUGGAGCGUGUGUUACUUGUUCAAGGAGCGAUCGGCGCAGGAGGCGGUGACUAAGGCCAAUGGGUUGACGAAAAUUCUACUGUUGAUGCAGAGCAAUUGCUCGCCUUGCGUCCGGCAAAUGUCCUCCGAUUUGCUCAAGAUUUUCCGGGUGAAUUCCAAGUCCGCCAUUUCGUGCUAUGAUACCAAGACUACUCAUAUUAUGCCCUUUUGAAACAACAACCCCAAGGGAGAAAGAUUGUAAAUGACACCAAAAUUUUGUUAGGGAGUACAAAAAUUACCAAUGAGAAAUUGAUAUUCAUUUCAUUC